UCGUGGUGUGUGCUUUAGUCCGUUUCUCACCAUGUCUUCUCACAAGACUUUCAGGAUUAAGCGAUUCCUGGCCAAGAAACAAAAGCAAAAUCAUCCCAUUCCCCAGUGGAUUCGGAUGAAAACUGGUAAUAAAAUCAGGUACAACUCCAAAAGGAGACACUGGAGAAGAACGAGGCUUGGGGGCCAGUUCACUGUCCCUCAGACCGUUGGAGGGCCGCCACAUACUGUGCUCCUCUCACUGACCACCAAUGAAAGAUGCGGCCCGCGGGCUGUAGUUUGGGGACGCCUGAUUUAG